GAAACGUGCACGUCACAGACAACAGAAAAUCAAAGCGUUGACAGUGAAUCGGUGAAGAAGAAGAGUCUUGAGUCUUGAGUCUUGAGAGAAAGGAAGAAGAAGCAAUUUCAAUGGAGAAGAGAGGGGUGAUCGACACAUGGAUUGAUAAGCACCGUUCGAUCUAUACGGCGGCUACACGUCAUGCUUUUGUCGUCUCGAUCCGUGACGGAUCCGUUGAUCUCUCGUCCUUCAGAACUUGGCUGGGGCAAGAUUAUCUGUUCGUGAGGAGGUUUGUGCCGUUUGUAGCGAGUGUGUUGAUCAGAGCUUGCAAAGAUUCCGGCGAGAGUUCCGAUAUGGAAGUGGUGCUUGGUGGUAUAGCAUCGUUGAAUGAUGAAAUAGAAUGGUUUAAAAGAGAAGGAUCGAAAUGGGAUGUUGAUUUCUCGACCGUUGUGCCUCAAAGAGCUAAUCAAGAAUAUGGCAGGUUUUUGGAAGAUCUGAUGAGCAGUGAGGUGAAGUAUCCGGUGAUUAUGACAGCUUUCUGGGCAAUUGAAGCAGUGUAUCAAGAGAGCUUUGCUCAUUGUUUAGAAGACGGGAACAAAACUCCGGUGGAGCUUACCGGUGCUUGUCAUCGUUGGGGGAAUGACGGGUUUAAACAGUAUUGUUCGUCUGUCAAGAACAUUGCCGAACGUUGUCUGGAGAAUGCCUCCGGUGAGGUGCUCGGUGAAGCUGAAGAUGUACUUGUACGAGUUCUUGAACUAGAGGUUGCCUUCUGGGAGAUGAGCCGUGGAGGACAGUAGCUAAUGUUUGGGUUUGAAUUUCUCAUUUCCUCUAAAUGCCAAAGAGAAACAAGUUCCAAUCUUUAUGUUUGGUGAAACACAAGUUGAGAUUAUGGUUUCAUAACAGAUUACAUGAAUACGGAUUUGUCUCUGACUGGGGCAGAAGGUUGUUCCCGUCAUUCCACAUAUUACACUUACUGGUAACUACAUCAACUCCUAAAACUCUUAAGAACUCACCAAUUGAAACCGAAAAGCUCUUUAUUCUCUCCAGCGAUGACCACAAUUCGGGUUGCAACAGACAAAGAACAGUGUCAUUCCUUCUUCACCUCUAGCCGUAGCCUGCACAUUCAAUGAUAGCUACAUUAAAUCCUCAAGCGGUGUACAGAAUUUGAGCAUAAUGUUUUGGGGAAGCAAACAGUGAAGAUACAGCAUAACCAAGUAGUUAAAUAAAUAAUGGAGCUUAAGAGAGUUAUACCUGGAAGAAAACGGCCUCCCUAUGCUGACACUUAGAGCAACGCACAGCCUUGGUUCGGGGAAGAGUAGGGUCAGAAGCCACGUCUGUUAAGAUCUGAGUUCGCUCACUUACAGAGUGAUGAACCUCGUUUCUGUACACACAGCUGUUAUCAGCUACCUCCUGCAAGUCAGUGCCACAAAAAGUAUAAAUUCUGAGAUGAGGACAACAAACCCAUUUACAUGAUCUAAUCUAAUCUGUCAAUUUGUAACAACAAGAUUGAUAAUGCAGCUUAAAAAAUUGCAAAUAACUACUCAGUUUGUGUAAAUCAAUAAGCUAAAAGAGGCCCUUCAAGUAUUCAUAUAGAUCUCAUAAACACAACAC